AUGUGCUGCUGUUAUUACCCCUCCAUCCAUCUGUGGCUUUUUCUUCUGUUUCAAGGAAAGUGCAUCCAGAGUCACAGAGGUGGCAGCAACACAGAAGAUCAGGUUGCAUCAUCCCCCCCUGGAUUUGGAAAUCUUACCCAGGGAUACAACAAAUAUCUCAGGCCAAACUUUGGUGGAAAGCCUGUGACGAUAGCCGUGAGCGUUAACAUUGCAAGUAUUUCCAGCAUAUCGGAAAGUGAUAUGGACUACACAGCUACAAUAUAUUUGCGGCAAUGCUGGACUGAUCCCCGCCUGGUUUUUAAAGGGAACAAAAGCUUUACUCUGGAUGCCCGGCUGGUGAAUUUCCUGUGGGUACCUGACACAUAUAUUGUGGACUCUAAAAGGUCUUUCCUACAUGAGGUCACGGUAGAGAAUCGACUCAUACGACUGUUCUCCAAUGGUACCGUCUUGUACGCUUUACGAAUUACUACGACAGUUGCGUGUAACAUGGACCUGUCAAAAUAUCCUCUGGAUACGCAGACGUGUAAAUUGCAGCUGGAAAGCUGGGGAUAUGAUGAAAAUGAUAUCUUGUUCACAUGGCUGAGGGGAAAUGAUUCCGUACGUGGCCUUGACAACUUGCGUCUCUCUCAGUACGCAGUAGAGCGCUACUACACCUUUGAAACAAGGUCACAGCAUGAAACAGGCAAUUACCCAAGACUGAUAGUGCAAUUUGAGCUCAAGAGAAAUAUCCUUUAUUUCCUUCUGGAGACUUAUGUGCCAUCCACUCUGCUGGUUGUUUUGUCUUGGGUUUCUUUUUGGAUCACCCUGGAUUCAGUUCCUGCAAGAACAUGUAUUGGAGUGACAACUGUUUUGUCAAUGACCACCUUGAUGAUGGGCUCGCGGAACUCAAUUACGAAAACCAACGGUUUCAUCAAGGCCAUUGACGUUUACCUUGGCAUCUGCUUCAGUUUUAUAUUUGGCGCGUUGGUGGAAUACGCAUUCGCUCAUUAUAUCACAUCUCAGAAAGGCACAGCAAAUAAACCACCAAAGAAUUUUACAAAUGACGUCUUGAGAGAAACUGGAGAGAUCAGCAUCAUCGACAUCCUGAACACUUCUGUCACCAGCUACAAUAAAAAACUAAACUUUCCCACCUUUGAGAAUGGCUUAACCAUGAACCCCAAGGACAAAAUUCGGUUUAUCAUGAAGAACAAAAUGCGCAAAGCCACCGACUAUUUCACCAUCCACAAUCCGAGCAAGAUCGAUCACUAUUCGAAGCUGCUGUUUCCUUUGGUUUUUCUGGUGGUCAAUUUGCUUUACUGGGGGUAUUACUUGUGUUUUUAG